CCUCCUUGUGGUGAGACCUGGAAAUCGAUAUUACUUGCGAUAUACGAUUCAUUCAAUUAACGCAAGUACUGUCGAGCUAAUGGCUGCAUCUAAAUUCAAUCUGAAAAUUUAUUGGUUUGUUAUAAUGCUUUUUCUUUCAAUCUUUCCAAAUUGUUCAUUUCUCUCUGUUUCGAUGUAGACAUAUAGACAGAUCAAUUUUUAUUAUUCAAUGUAUUCAUUAUUAUAUCUAUUUUUUUAUAUAUCGAAUUUGAAUUUUUUUUUUUUGAGUUAUCUUCUAUAUUGGUGGAUGCAAAACCAAUGUGGCAACAUAAACGAAGAACGAAGAGUUGCAAUAUUUCUCACAAUGGGACGUAAAUAUAUCCAUUAGUUUUUUCUAAGUGUUAACAGUUUAUUAUUAUAAUGAAUUGUUUCAGGUAAAUGUGAAACGAGUAAUCGAGUGUGAGAAGAGUGUUAGCGUCUACUUAGAAAUAGAAGGUUUCGUUUCACAUACGGAAUUGAUUUCUCUCUUCCUCUCUCCCUCUCUCUCUCUCUCUCUCUCUCUCUCUCUCUCUCUCUCUCUCUCUCUCUCUCUCUCUCUCUCUCUCUCUCUCUCUCUCUCUCGUAUUCGUCAGAUUUGCGAUACGUUCGUCUCUCUCGCUCUCAUUGCACUUUACAAAUGUUACGAUAGCAUAAAUGUUGACUGAUUUUUUAAGUUCCUUUGGGAAUUACCUCUCGAUUGUUAUAAGUAAAUUGAUAAGGUAAUUAUAAACUGAUAUUUUUAUUUCAGCUUUGAUAUAAUUUUGAUAAUAAUAAUAAUAAUAAUAAUAACAAUAGUAAUAACAAUGAUGAAUUUUGAAAUGUCACGUUUCCUUAUAUUUCAUACUUUCAUUUAGUCCAUUAGGAUUUUUCAAUAAAUAACGUAAGUUAUAAACUAAUCAUUCACAUGGUAUCAAUCUAUAUAAAUAUUUUUCAUUUAUAUAUAUAUAUAUUUUUUUUUAUGUACGUAUCUACCUACAUAAAUUUAUCCUCGCGUGUAUAUUAAUCGUAAGAUAUACAUAAUUUACGAAUACGUAUGCGUGUUAGUUACGAAGUUACAACUUUUGUAAGAAUCCAGUGAGAGUUUUAAGAGAAAAAAAGAAAGAAGAAAAAAAGAGCAAGUUCCUUUAUUCGUUUAAUUUGUGAGAUGUCGUCGAUAAUAAGGACUUUUUCAGUCACCCAACUAAAAAUCUGCUAAUUGGUGGUUUUAUAUCGUUUCGCGUUGUGCCCGUUAAAAAAGAAAAAGAGGGAGAAGGGAGUGAAAGAGAAAGAGGAGGAGGAGAAAGAGAUUCUGAUUUAUUGAGAAGAACCAAUUGGACAAAGGCAAAGGGUGAGGCCUCGUAUUUAUGUGCUAGACAUAUGCGAGCUCAUUCAAUUGCAGGGGCAACUUAAUUACCAAUCUCGAUACACCAGAAGACGAACAAUAAUUGCCUUUCGAUAUUAUGAUCUAUGGUAUAACGAAAGAAUUUGAAUAAAAUCGAACCGGUCCACCUCUUUGCCACCGUCUCAUUUCUCACGCACACGUACGCACUUACACAAAAAUCUGUUUCAUUUAUUUAUUAUUUAUUUGUUAUUUAUUUCGAUGUUCGUUGGAACUCUGAAAAAAAAAAAAUAAUGAUCAUAAUCGCCGGUAUACGUCGCGUACGUUUGCGUCAAUGUUUAUUUUGUCGUUCUUAACAAAAAAAAAAAAAAAAAAAUCUUUUGACAAAUAUUUUAUAUGCGAAAUGAUUUUUAUCGAAGCUAGAGAUCGAACAUUGAAAAUUUGCGAUCGGUCGAACUCUGAUAAUUAUUUUUACUCGGCUUGGUAUUGUUUCAUUUAAUUAAUGAAUCUGAAAAUAAUUAUAACUACUAGGAUCGAAGUAUUGGGAUAAACGUAUUAAACGAAGAGAAUGAAAGAUGAGAAAAGAGUUAAGAGGGAAAUAUUUCAAUUAUCAGUACGUUCCUGUCCAUAUGGUACGAUGUAUGUAUGUAUAUAUGUAUGUAUGUAUGUAUGUAAUAUAAGGGACGGCCGAAUCGUUCGAGCUCUUCUCUUUAGUUUAUUGCUAUGUAUAUUUCACGAAUAUAUUUUAAUGGAACGUUAGCACGAGUUGGCAUAUCGCUUAAUUCUUUUGUUUAAAUUACGACGAUGCACUUUAUAUUGUAUGUGGGUGUGUGUAUACGCCUGUGUCUGUACAAAAAAGAAAGAAAUAUUCCUCUUUCAUUCUUCUUCUUCUUCUUUUUCUUUUAUUUUUUUCUUCUUUUUUUUUCUCUUUUCUUUUUUCUUUUUUCAAGCAAGAUAUUGAACGGUACAACAUUGUACCGAACGAUAAUUGCCCUUUCAUUAUACGUCGAAUUAAUCGACUUUACGGGACGUUUUAAUUUUGCACUCCCAAUAAUUAUGUUAUAGCUCACCUUGUUGCAAUUGUCUCCUCGAGAUAAUGCAGAAAAGAAAUGUCGAUUCUUCGUAAUUUAAUUUUAUGUGUAAAUAAUGUUACGAGAUGUUUCAUUUUCUCUUUCGAAAAGUUUCAUUUACAAAGUUGCGCGUUUAAAUACGAUUUAAUUUCGUGCCAAAAAUGAUUACUCGAAGUGGUGCCAUCUCGUGUCGUGUAACAUAGUCGUACUGUUGCAACUAGAAUUAUCAAAGAAUCGUGAUAUCUUUAGAUUUAUGGAAUGGAGGUAACUUUAAUGAAGAUAAUCAUUGAUUAAAAACAGUCGUGUAAGUAUUAUAGUCUCUGCUAGAUGGCAGCACGCGAUAGGUUGACAAUUUUUUAUUUUUAUUAUUGCUAACAAAAAUAUAUUUGAACGAUGAAACUAGAUUACGAAAAUCAUUUUGAUCUAACAAUAAAAUAUAUCAAUGAGUUAAUCCAAUAUUAUCGGAUAUACUAAAAUAAUUUUUUUUUGUUAAUUAAAAUAAACAAUAUGACAGAAUGUAUGUUAGUAUAAUUAUUAUAUAAUUAAAAAGUCAAGUAGGUUUUAUUACCGUUUAUACAGAUUUGAAUAGAUCUAUAAUUAAAAAAAAAAAAAAAAAUGAUAAAAAUGAAUUUAAUACAAAAUCAAUAAGUGAAUUAAAAGUAAAGAAAUUAUCGACAUGCGAGUGAUUUACCGACAGUAAUGUUCGGAUGGUAAUUACCGACGAUUAAUUUCUGAUGAUAAUCAUCCACAAAAACAUUAUCGACUGCUCCUUAAUCAUUGAUUUUCUAUUCCAAAGAAACAUGUAUCUUUAAUACGUUUAUUCAAUGAUUAUCGUAAAUGCAAUAAAAUAAAUAUAAUAAAUACAACACUAUGCGCAUUACGUGAAAAAAGAAAGUAUUUAUACUUUUAUUAAUACAACUUAUCAUAAAUUAAAAUUUACAAAAAAGAAAUUUAUAUAAACAACGAAAGUAAAUAGUUCAAUCCUAAUAAAAAAUAUAUUUAAAUCGAUUCGAUCGAUUUAAGAAUCAGAGCAUAUUUAUUCAACGACCGUAGAAACGAGGUAUCGAUAGUUGGCGAUAGUGCCAAAUCGUUGAUCGACGUGCUCGACUUCUUAGAAAGUAGGAAAUCGAAUAACUCUCAUUUGCGUGAUCGGAAUUACACAAUGACAAACUGCAUAUCAAUGUGAUAUCUCGAGCGAGAUGAGAUUUAUUUGUCCUUUAAUCAUUUUUUCGUCCGAUGUUUUUUUUUUUUUCUUUUUUUUUUUCACCCCUGAAAACAUCGUUUUCUAAUCCAUUCCGAUCAUUCUUUCUUUUUCAAAUCUUCGGAUACGAUCUUUCGUACGCGUGGAACGCAAGGAAAAAUUUUUUUUCUAAUAGUAAAAAGUAGCUUGGAAAUUCCAGAGCAAUGUCCUCCGUCACUUUCACGUCCUCUUCGAUUUGCACGUCGACUAUGCAUACUACUUACCUAUUGUCUUCGAACGCAAUGCACUCUAGUCUAAUCGCCUCAACGAGAUUGCUAUUCCUGUUGCCGUUGCUAUUGCUAUUGCUAUUGCUGUUCCUACUUUUGCUGCGGCUAUCGAGAGAUUCGAAAACGAUCGUGAAUUCGUUUCUCACGAGAAAGAGUUCGAGAAAGGAGAGAAAAAUGAACUUGCGCUAUACGUUGCAACUCGAUUCUGAAACGCGCUUAUUACUGCAGACCGAGCAAUGUUAAAUGUCAAGAAGUUCUCUCGUGUGAUCAGAAAAAGUUUACGGGAUGAUUUAUCCCAUAAUAUCAUCAAAAACGACGAUAAACGACGUAAAAACGUAAGUUUACAAAGAAAGAAAGCACACCACUUUAUAUCUCGUCGUUGAAUUAUGUCGAAUCGUGUUAUCAAAAAAAAAAAAAAAAAAGAAAAAAGGAAAUUUUUAAUAAUCAAAAAGAUGUUCUCGCGUCGACGAAUAAUUAUAAUUAAUUAAUAAUAAAUAUAAAUAAGUAUAAUUAAUUAAUUUUAUAAUUGUGAUGAUUCGAUAAAAAAAGAGAGAGAGGGGGGGAAUAAACGUCACAAUUUGUAUAAGAAAAUAAAAUAAAUAUGAUUGAAAACAUAGAACCGAUCGAAAAUUCAACAAUAGAAGGAUCGAAUUUCCAAAGAUGUACUAAUGCAACGCUGAUGUACAUAUCCUUGUUUGAUCGUGGUGAGGUCUCUUAGGCGGUGCUCGGGGUCCAUGGGCGGGCCCCGCCGCUCCCGAAGGGGACCUAUAUAAGUACUGCCACAGAGCGCUCGCGUGUUAAGCGAUUCUACAAGACAAUCACUUCUGCAUCAUCAGCAGCAACGAGACAUGCGUUUUCCUGUGCCGUUCCUUCUUUCUUGCGUCAGCUUGGUGGCCGGCCAGUACAACAGUCGACCUUACCAAGUGACCACUCCUGUGCCAAUUCUGAAACAAAUCAACAAGCACAACGGAGAUGGUAGCUACAGUUAUGGUUACGAGGCUGCCGAUGGUUCCUACAAAAUCGAAUCGAAAUAUCCGACUGGUGAAGUUUAUGGGAAAUAUGGGUUCGUCGACGAUACAGGGAGCGUUCGAGAGAUCGAGUACGGUGCUUCUAGGCGUGGAUUCGAGCCUGCCGGAGCUGGAAUUAACGUACCACCACCGACCUUGACCUCAGCCAAUAGUAUUGCGAACGAACCGGAGGACGAUGGUCAAUACCGAGAGGACCCAUCGGUUUAUUACACCGAUCCAAGGUAUACCAAUGGUGAACGUUACGAGCCGAGACCACCAGCUCAGCCCUAUAAUCUUCAACGACGUCCUCCCAUUGAUUCGCGUUCUUUACCAAGCAAUUCCAUGCCAAUUGCUCCUCGAAUGUCGGCGCCUCGAUACGAGGCCGCGUAUCGACCACAAUAUCAACCGCAAUAUCAAGGACAACAGGGACAAGGGAGAUCCUUGUACACUCCGAUGGCAUACCAAGCCGGAUAUCAGGGACAUCCGGCGCCCAACGUGGUCUCGAAUGCUGGCUUGGCAUCCUAUACUAUAAAUUACAAGCGAUAGAGAAGACUUAAAGAAAUCAAAAUGGCGGACCCAAGGAAUAUGGCCGCGAUCUAUCUUCUUCCUGUCUGUGUACAUAAGUUAGAUUAAUUUAUACGUAACUAGACGUUUAUUGUUUCUUUCCUUUUUUUGUUUCUAUUUUUUUUCUUUUUCUUUUUCUUUUUUUUCUUUUUUUUUUUUUUAGAUUUACUUUCGACGGAUGCACCCGUGCAUUUUUAUGCAUCCCACAAUAGGUGGAUGCAAUGCAAAUAAAGGCUGCUUUUCGUUUUUUUUUUGUUUUUUUUUUGUUUCUUUUUCUUAUUAUAACAUUGAAAAAAUCGUAAAUAUAUCAUUUCUUGAUGAAUUAACGAAUCUGAGUAAAAUGCAGGAAUACGAAUUUUUCUUUUCGCGAAUGAAACUUUUUUUGAUCGAAAUUAUUAAACAUAUGUAUGAAGAUAUUUGAGAAAAUUUUCUAUAUAUAAAAAAAAAAGGGAAAACAAGAUUAUGAAAAUAUUUAUUUUCAAUGGAAUUUUAUUAAUCACAAAAAAAAAAUCGAAAUGCUUUUUUUAGUCGAGUCGAAAUCUCGAAGUAAGGAUUCCAACGAUGCGAUGCACUUAGCUUUUCAGUAUAGGCGCGACCUUGAAUAAACUCGCGUACGCGUAUGCAUACGUAUAUACGUGCGCGCAAAAGAUAACCGGGUACAUUCUUACGCCUUUUAAAUGCCGUCCAGUAGAUUUUUACGUCCGCGAGGAAGGCCAUAGAGUCCGUCGACCACACCCAGGAAUUUCAUCCACCCUAUCCUCGCAUCGAAGACGCGCCUCCGACAUUUCUUUUGAAUUUUUACGAUCCUAUGCAUUCUCUGCCUUUAAAUAUAAUCCCAUUUAUGCAUUGAAAACUGCAACGACGAAGAUAUAUUGGUAUAUACGUACGUGUAUAAUAAAUAACGACGUCCUUAAAGGACGGACAAUCGUUUAUGAUAAAUAAAAAAAGAAAUAAAACAAAAUAAUCAUUAAACCUUUUUUUUUUUCGAUCACAUAAGGUAACAUAAAAUUAAUUACAAUUCUAAAUAACA